CAGCCUGUCUCGCCUGUCAUGCAAAAACGCAGUUUCUCAUUCGGAAUGCGUAGCGCAGAAGCACGAAAAAACUUGCCAUGCUUGGCUGCGCAUUACAGUUCACUCGUUGUUCACUGACUUGCAUCACAAGUUUCCAGACCCAGACAUAUUUGCAUUUGAUAUGACCCUGAAGCAAACCGGGCGGAUCAAAAGACCCAUUAUCAGAAGAAAGAAGUGUUACAGUUACACAUUGUGUUGCAAGCCCAGCAUGAGAGACAACCUCUGUGAUGCCAGAAAUGCUUCCGAGCUUCAUUUCAUACGUGUUUUCCCUUACGAUCUGUGCAUUGCAAGUUUUCCCUCUCAUGCAGAGAAAAUUUGUGUUGCUGAAGUUACAUCAAAUGUGUAACUGUAACACUUUUUUCUUGUGAUACCCAUCCCGAUCAUUUUG